AUGGAGGAGUGUUCGUUCAAAGGGUUGAAAAGAGGUGCAUGGACUCCUGAAGAAGAUAACCUCUUGAAGGAGUGCAUUGAUAUCUAUGGAGAAGGAAAAUGGCACCUAAUUCCUUUGAGAACCGGGUUAAACCGAUGCAGGAAGAGUUGUAGACUAAGAUGGUUGAACUACAUGAAGCCAGGUAUCAAUAGAGGAAAAUUUAGCCUUGAUGAAGUUGAUCUUCUCCUUCGCCUUCAUAAACUUCUUGGAAACAGGUGGUCACUGAUUGCGGGUCGAUUGCCUGGUCGGACCGCAAAUGAUGUCAAGAACUACUGGAACACUAAUUUGGGUAAGAAGCAAGAAACGUGUUGUAAGAUCAAAAGACAAAAUAAAGAAAUUACUUGUUCAACUAGCACACCCGCGGCCAAAAAACUCAAUGUAAUAAGUCUUCCACCUCAAUCCUUCUCCAACAACAAUGAUGUGUUAGGAGUUCGGCUUAGCGAAGUUAGUACCAGAGAUGGUAGUAUCACAUGUAACAAAGAUGACAGGAAAUGUGUGUUUGUGAACAAUCUAAUGGAUGGAGAGAGUAUGUGCUGGGAGAGAGUGUUGGAAAAGUGCAAAGAAGCUGAUGCAGCCGGUCCUAAAGCUACUACGGUCGAGGAGGCUGAGAAUUCAUCGAUGAACUCAAUGUCUUUGACAUUUGACGUUGAUAGACUUUGGAAUCUGUUCAAUAAAGAUAGUGAAGAGCUUGAUUAG